AUGACGUCAAAGUAGCGCGGUGGAUUAUGGGAGGCUGAGAGUUUCCCCCGUUCUUAUCCGGAAAGGCUGAGCGGAGUCUAUUGUGUGUGUGUUUGUUGUGCAGCUGGGGCGGGGGAAUGGUUGGAUGUGUCCGAGGAGGAAGCAGCACGGGAGGCCAUACAAGCUGAUCUCAGAUGGCGCUGGACCUUGGCAAGAGAUUACUGGAAGCCGCACGCAAUGGAGAAGAUGAUGAAAUACGGGUGUUGAUGCAAAAUGGCGCCCCUUUCACUACAGACUGGCUUGGGACAUCUCCUCUGCACCUGGCUGCUCAGUAUGGCCACUUCUCCACUGUUAAAGUUCUCCUGCAGGCCGGCAUUAGCAGAGACGCCCGCACUAAGGUGGAUAGGACUCCCCUGCACAUGGCGGCUGCAGAUGGACACGCUCCUAUUGUGGAUCUACUCAUCAAGAAUGGAGCCAAUGUCAAUGCCAGGGACAUGUUAGAGAUGACGGCUUUACACUGGGCCACAGAGCACAGUCACCACGACGUGGUUCACCUGCUGAUAAAGUCGGGGGCAGACGUCAGCUCUCACAACAAAUUCGGCAAGACUCCCAUUGACAUUGCACUGGACAAGAACAACCAUGAGCUGUUGGUCACCAUGCAGGAGGCGCUGCAGGGCAAACCCCUAACAAGGAAACAAGGAAAUGUCAUCUCUGUAUCUUCCCCACAGUAUAUCUUGACUCCCGUAGCGAAUGUGAAAUCCUCGCAUGCUCAAGGCACUGAAGUUGUGACGUUUGAGCCGUCGGUGCAGCAGAUGGUAGAGAACGGAGGUCAGAGAGUGAUCACAAUCGUUACAGAUGGAAUUCAGCUGGGCAGCCUCCCUGGGCAACUGUCUGUCGGGGGCCUACGCACUCCUCGUAUACUUACCAUCCAGAACGGAGAGCAAGCUGUAGAGGUGGCUGAAGAGCAAGUUGUAGAAGAGACUGUCCUGGUGGAAGUGUCGCCGCCUUCUCCUCCUGCCAAAAAGUACCGAGUAGCAACAUGUGCUACAGAAGAAGGACCAGAGGGGAACAGUAAAAAAGAGAGGCAAGAGUUGGAGCAGCAACUGCAGGAAGCCAACCUCCGUGCCUGUGAGUUCCGACAGCAGCUCAGAGAGAAAGAACAAGAGGCAGAGGCCUAUAGAGUCAAACUGGAGAGUCUGGAGCGGCAACAAUUGAACGGAGACAGAUUCACAGCAGUGGAGGAUGGAGACACCAUUAUUGUAUCGGCCGAAGAGCUCGCCGGAGUGGAAGUCACAGAGGUAGAGACAGUGGAGCAUCAUUCUGACAUUCCACCCGAAAGUGCCACUUGAGACUACAUUUUCUUCCACAUUGGAACUGCUGUGAGCCACAUACCUCUCCUACUCACCUGCAAUCCCUUAUCCAUGGAAUACUGACCUCGGAAUCCUCUGAGGCUUCUUGCUCCUCUUUCACUAGGAUUUGGCUUUAGCAUGGAGUCCGGGGAAAGCCUUUCUCUUUGCUGAAAUUGUCACAUGCAAGUUAUAUUGCUUAGCCUCUGGCUGCAAAUGGCCUAAAUGUUUGUGUGUGUUGAGAGAGAUAUAUAGAUAUAUAUAUAUAU